GCUUCUGUUAAUCAUGUUUACGUUUUUGAAUGUAGCUAGCGUUAGCCGUUAGCUGUGGCUCUCCGUAGCUUACGUAAUGGACUUUCUGUCUGAAACUGACUCACACAUUAUUAUCAAAAACACCAUCCAUGGCAGAUAAACGAGACAUCCGAGGUGUUGUGUGAUUUCUCUCAGCAUGAUAACCGCUGGAUGCUGGUGAAUAAUGGCUUGUGAGAGAGCUAACGCGGCCGCUAGCAGGUGUGUCCUUCUCCACAGGAUGGCACACUGGUUUCACAGAAACCCUCUGAAGGCGACAGCGCCUGUGUCCUUUAACUUCUACGGAGUGGCAGGAAGCCCUGCUGCCAAUAAGAUAUGCAAUGACCUGAGGACAACCAGGGCCAGGCUGCUGGAGAUGUUCACUGAUGUCACCUGCAACCCUGAGAUCAUGAAAAAUGCCACAGAUGCAUAUUUCUCUCUCCUACAAGGCUUUAUCUCAUCUUUGGAUGGAACUACACAGGAGAACAAGAUGAGGUUCAUCCAGAACUUCAAGUGGACUGACACCUUACAGGGAAACACGCCGAGCGCCCAGCAGGACGCCGUCUUUGAACUGGUCUCCAUGGCCUUCAAUGUCGCCGUCUGGUACACCAAGUUUGCCUCGAGACUAGCAGGGAAAGAAAACAUCACAGAGCCUGAAGCUAAAGAUGUUCACCGGAGUCUGAAAGUUGCUGCUGGUAUAUUCAAAAACCUGAAGGAGGUCCACAUCCCUCGUCUCAUCACCCCUGCUGAGAAAGGCCGAGACCUGGAGCCCAGAGUGAUUGAUGCUUACAUCAUCCAGUGCCAGGCGGAGGCUCAGGAAGUGACAAUUGCCAGAGCCAUCGAACUGAAGCACAACGCCACACUCAUCGCAGCACUCUCGUUUGAGACGGCAAACUUCUACCAGAGAGCCGAUCACACGCUGAACACCUUGGAGCCGGAGUGCAGUAGCAAGUGGAGGAAGUAUCUUCAGCUGAAGCAGCACUUUUAUAUGGCUUAUGCGUACUGCUAUCACGGACAGACGCUGCUGGCCACCGACAAGUGUGGUGAGGCUAUACGAUCCCUCCAGGAGGCAGAAAAGUGCUACUCCCGUGCAGAGUCGCUGUGUAAAGAGUACCGUCAGACCAAAGGCCCGGGCACCACAGCCAAGCCGUCGGAGCAGCUGUUCUUCCUCAAACUGGGCGGCGUCAUUAAAAACACACUGGAGAAGUGCCAACGAGAAAAUGGCUUCAUAUACUUCCACAAGGUCCCAGCUGAGGCGCCCCAGCUGGAGCUGAAGGCGAGUUACGGCCUGGCUGAGCCGGUCGCCUUCGAGCUGCCGCCUCUCAGUGAGCAGUGCUCCGCCGAGGUCUACGCCACCUUCGACCUGACCAAGGGAGCCAAAAAUGACAAGGCCAAACCCAAGGAGGAGGAGGUGAAGCCGGUGAAGGAGCCGGAUCUGAAGCCGCAGAAGGACACAGGCUGCGUCGUCUCCUAAACACACUCCACCCUCGGCCUCAUGCUUCAACACCAUCUAUUGUAAUGAUGGCGUCCAUAUUUCUUUCCAUGUAAAUCUCCAUAAGAAAAAUGUAUAUUUUUUUUCUAAUAUUAAUCCAUGGUGUUUUACAUUUAUGCUGAAACAUUCGUAUUGUAUUUGGGUAUGACAGUCACUGUCCUCUCAUCUAAAGCCAGAGCCGCUCACAUCCUCUCCACAGCUUCUCCGCCUGAACAUCUGAACGGAGGUCUUUCAGCUUAUUGUUGGAAAUCACAUGUCAGCUGAAGGAUGACGUAAAAUUAGGCCUUCACAUGAGGUCAAAAUCAAGAUGGAUUAUAAAUAAGCCUUAUGGGUGAUGCAGUUCUAUCAAAGGUGCCUUUGGCUUCGAUGUAAACGUGUUCACUGUGGCCCAGAAGCACACAAGUAUUUGUUUCAUGAGCUUUUUUGGCACUGAAUUAUUGAUUAAUGACUCAAAAACACAGAAACUGGCCUUUUAAACACGCUGAGAAAAUGACCUCAGGAUGAACAAAGUAAGAAAUGAUAAAAAGACACAUUUUUAUAGUGAAUAUUUACCACUGCUGCAGAUCGCAUUCCCACAAUCACCAGGUAUACAACGGCACUGGAAGAUGACCUGAAUGCAUUUCAAGCUGAGAUUUGUUCACCUCGUCAUGAAACACACUUCUAAAUGAACAGCGGACAGGCGGAAUGAACGGGGCCGCGUGUCAUCGCUGGUAGCUGUAGCAGUUUACAAUCAAUAUUUGAUUUAGAUCACAUGAUGUUUGUACUGUAGUUCUUUUUGUGCAUGACAUGUAGCUGUUAUGUUUCUUUUUUUUUUACUUCUACUCUUCAUUUAAAACAAACGUUAUUACUGGAUGAGGCUGAAUCACUCUUGACUAUGUUUAGGGACUGUGUAAUAUUUCCCUGAUUGAAGUAGUUCUUAAUUUAUUUCUCUUCUUACGUCAUGAUAUUUUUAGUUGAGGACGUGAAACACUUACAGCGGUAUAUAUAUGUGUAACUCCAAUCAUGUUUUUGGUGAUAAUGAUUUUGAUUUCUUUUCUGAUUGGGUGGACACACCAGAGACACACGAUGCUGAGAGGGUGCUGCUGUCAGUGGUGACAUGAUGUGUGUGUUUGCUGAGCGUUACCUUCCUCCUGAAAGACAAAGAUCAGGGCAGAGCGUUUCUCAGAUUGAGGUUUGUGUCUGAAGUCCUUUGACGUGCUGCUCACACAAGUUGCUCGUAUUGUCAAAACUCCCCACUCUGAAACUAAAUGUUGGUUAAAGCAUAACUAUCGAUUGCUGUAAACGUGUAUAAACUGUAUUAUACUGCUCACAUGUAGUCAUUUAUGCCCCUACAUGUAUAUUAGCUUACCUGGGCUUCACGCCAACUGUAGUAAAAAUCUAAUUUUCUCACUAAAUCUCAUUAUAGCACGACACAUUUGCUCUUAAUACUGGAUCGUAUGGGGCUUUCAGUCUAAUGGGGUUAUUAUGAUCAUGAAGUUUAACCACUGUUUGUUAUUAUACCUGGAACAGUGAGUUGAACCACAGAAAACAGACCCAGGCUGAGUCCUUUACUUUUGUUCAAGGCUAAUCUUUAUUAACGCGGUGAGUCAGAUCACCGUUCCAGUGCUCACUGCUGUAGCUCAUUACUCCUCCACUGUGUCCUUCAUGUAAAAUGUAUUCCAAACUCUAUUAAAUCAUCCAUAAAACCGCA